UUAAUUUUUGGAGUCAUUAAUUUUGUACCAUUUCUCGUUCUUUCUCUCGCCACCAUAGCUUUCAUGUUACAAUGACAUCUGCGUCUUCAUCUUCAUAUUCAUCCUCAAAACCGUGGAUUUAUGACGUGUUUUUGAGUUUUAGAGGCGAGGACACGCGCAAAAAUUUCACCGAUCAUCUCUACUUUGCCUUCAAAGAUGCUGGAAUCAACACAUUUAGAGACGACAAUGAGCUCCGAAGGGGUGAAGAUAUUUCGACGGAGCUAUUACAUGCGAUCCAAAAGUCUAGGAUUUCAGUCAUUGUGUUCUCAAAAAAUUAUGCAAAUUCAAGAUGGUGUCUUGAGGAACUAGUGAAGAUCAUGGAGUGUAGGAGAAGCUGUAGGCAACUUGUUUUUCCUAUAUUCUAUGAUGUUGAUCCAUCUGAUGUAAGGAAACAAACUGGAAGUUUUGCAGAGGCCUUUGCUGGACAUGAAGAAAGGUUUGUGCUCCAGACAGACAAGGGCAAGGUGGCGACAUGGAGGAUGGCUUUGACUGAAGCUGCAAAUUUGUCUGGAUGGGAUUUGAGGAAUGUUGCGGAUGGGCAUGAAGCAAAAUUUAUAAAGAAAAUUGUUGGGGAGAUUUUGAGAGAACUGAGUAGCACAUACUUAUUCGUAGCCUUCUAUCCAGUGGGGAUAAAUCCUCGUGUGCAACAAUUGAACUUUUUGUUAAAUGCUGGAUCAAGCGAGGUCUGCAUUGUAGGAAUAUAUGGAAUGGGAGGCAUAGGGAAAACAACCAUUGCCAAGGCCAUGUAUAAUGAGUUGUUUCAUAGUUUUGAUGGGAAAUGUUUUCUUGCCAAUGUUCGAGAAAUUUCACAGCAGCCAAAUGGUCAUGUCAAACUGCAAGAACAACUUCUUUUUGAUAUCCUGAAGACAGACAAGAUUAAGAUUGGCAAUGUUGACAGAGGAAUGAAUAUGAUAAAGGAAAGACUUCACAGUAGAAAAGUUCUUCUCAUACUCGAUGAUAUAGAUAAAUUAGAUCAGUUACAAGCGAUAGCGGGGAGUCGAGAUUGGUUUGGUUCAGGAAGCAGAAUCAUUGUAACAACAAGAGAUAAGCAUGUUCUAACAGUUCUUGGAGCUGAUCGAGUAUACAUGGCCAGAGAAAUGAAUGACAUUGAAGCUUUGGAGCUCUUUAGCUGGCAUGCCUUUCGAACAAGCCAUCCCGUCGAAGAUUAUAAGGAGUUGUCAGAACAAAUUGUUGACUACUGUGGAAGAUUGCCACUAGCACUUGAAGUAAUAGGCUCUUUUCUAUUUGGUAGAAGUAUAGUUGAAUGGAAAAGUGCAUUGGAAAAACUGAGAAGAAUUCCUGAUGAUCAAAUUCAGAAAAAGCUCCAAAUAAGUUUUGAUGGCCUGAAUGAUGACACACAGAAAGAUAUAUUCCUCGAUAUAUCCUGUUACUUUAUUGGGAUGUACAAGGAAUAUGUGUUACCAAUAUUAAAUGGUUGUGAUUUUUUCGCAGACAUUGGACUUGGUGUCCUCACUCAGAGGUGCCUUGUAUCUGUUAAUGAAAAGAACAAGCUAAUAAUGCAUGAUUUGCUUCGAGAUAUGGGGAGAGAAAUUGUUCGUGCGCACUCACCGAACAAUCCAGGAAGGCGGAGUAGAUUAUGGAUUCCUGAAGAAGUUGGUGACAUACUGAGAAGAAACAUGGGAACUGAAGCAAUCCAAGGGAUGGCCAUAAACUUGCUGAAAGUGAAUGACAUGAAAGUGGAUGUAAAUGUGUUUUGCAAUCUGCAAAACCUAAGGCUGCUCCAGCUCAAUCAUGUAAAGCUUGGUGGAGGCUGUGAAUAUCUUUUGAGAAAAUUAACCUGGCUCUGCUGGCAUGGAUUUCCACUCUCGUUCAUACCUGAUGGCCUCUAUGGGGAAAACCUUGUUGCUAUAGAUAUGCGACACAGCAACCUAAGACAGGUUAAGAAUUCUAAGUUCCUUUGGAAGUUGAAGUUUCUUAAUCUCAGUCAUUCUCAUUACCUAUAUCGGACUCCCGACUUUUCCAGACUUCCACAUCUGGAGAAGUUAAAACUCAAAGACUGCAGAAGUUUGGUUGAAGUUCAUAAUUCUAUUGGAUACCUUGAUAGACUUGUUUUGGUAAAUUUCAAAGAUUGCAAGCAACUUAGGAGGCUCCCGAGUAGCUUCUGGAAGUUGAAGUCUAUCGAGAUUCUUUACCUCUCAGGCUGCUCAAAAUUUGAUGAAUUGCCCGAGGACUUGGGAGAUUUGGAAUCCUUGACAAUUCUCCAUGCAGAUGACACUGCCAUAAGACAGGUACCAAGUACCAUUGUCAGAUUGAAGAACCUCCAAGAUUUAUCACUUUGUGGUUGUAAAGGUUCAACUUCCGCAACAUUGCCUUCACGUUUGAUGUCAUGGUUUCUGCCAAGAAAAAUUCCCAAUCCAACCAACCUGUUGCCACCUUCCUUUCAUGGCUUAGACAGACUCACAUCAUUAUCGCUCAGGGGUUGCAAUUUAUCUGAUGAUGCGCUUCCAAAAGAUCUUGGGAGCUUACCCUCACUAUCUAAUCUGGAAUUGGAUCGUAACAGUUUUCAAAGUCUACCAGCUGGCUUGAGUAGUCUUUUGAGGCUUACAAGUCUAAGAUUGGACGAUAACACCAGGCUACAAACAAUUCCAGCUUUACCUAGAAAUUUGGAUACCUUGCGCGCUUCGAACUGCACAUCAUUGGAAAGAUUACCAGACAUAUCAGUAGCUUCACGUAUGCGUUUGCUGUAUAUUGCUAAUUGCCCCAAACUGAUUGAGGCUCCAGGAUUGGAUAAAUCAAGGUCCAUUUCACACAUUGACAUGGAAGGGUGCUACGAUAUCUCAAAUACUUUAAGAAAUAGCAUGCACAUGGGAUGUUUUUCUGGUUUGGUACUUCCUGGAAAUGAGAUUCCUGCCUUGUUCAACUAUAAGAAUGAGGGUGCUUCAAUAUCGUUUAAACUACCUGAAUUCGACGGCAGGAACUUGAAUGGCAUGAACGUGUGCAUUGUUUGCUCAUCUCAUUUAGAGAAAGAAGAAACUAAACAAAUUAGAAUCAAAUUGACUAAUUAUACUAAGGGUUUUACCAAGAAGUUUCGUGCUGUAGCAGUUAACUUGGUAAAAUCCUGCGAAGAUCACCUUUGGCAAGGCCAUAUAUCAAACAAUUUUUUCAAACUUGGUAGUGAAGAUGAAGUGGAGCUUAUUGUAGACUGUAUGAACACAAUGACUGUGAAGAAGACUGGAGUAUACCUAGUAUAUGAGCAAGAUCAGGCAAGGCUUAAAGCUAAGAGAGGUCUUGAUAGUGAUGAUGAGGCAGGAUCAAGCUGUGAUAACCUACUUCUAGCAAAAAGAUUGAGAAUGGAGACUAGUCCGCAGAACAUUGAGGAAAACAUGGAUGUGGCAUAGCUUCAGCCUUCAGGUUUUGGCGUUUCAAUGUUGUCUCUGUUGAAGCUUUAGUUCAAGAUGAUAUUUUAUACAUUAAGCCUGUGUAAUAAAGGGUUUUUGGGACGCAGGAGAUUCUAGAAGUGUUGAGCUACCAAAUAUGGAGGUGAAGGUGUUGAACUACUUUUAACGGGUACAUAGGAAACAGGAGUCCAAGUGUUGAGCUACCAAAAUUUAUAUUUUGGUAAAAUUUUCAACCCUAUUUUGAACAUCCAGUGUUUAAUUUAAAAUUUUAUCUUCAAUUAUGAGACUGAUAUAACAUCUAGGUUUUUCUCUCAA